UUAAAUUUAUUUGAUUAUUUUGCAACUAGAGAAAUAUCUUUCAUUAGCUCAAUUUCAUUGCUUUAAAUUUCGAGUGGGUUAAACUAAUUAAAUGAAAGAAAGUGGUAUACAAAAUUUUUUGAACCAAUCCUUUGACCGGCGCUCACAUGGUAAUGCAGAUUUCAGCUGUCGUCAAUCCUUUGAGGGAAUGCAAUUUAUUUUAAUUGCGAUGCCAGGCAGCAGAACACGGCUCGAGCGAACCGAAGUUAGACUGUACGCCAGCUAUAUGAAAUAUAUCGCGUGCUCAAAAGGAAACCUCACUUGCAGCUGUCCCAUCAGGUAGCUAGCGCCAGCUGCCGUUUUCUCCGGGCAUCCGGGGAUUUCCCCAGAAAGACUGCCAGUGGCGGAAUUUCUGAGAUUCUAUUAUAAUCCGGAGCAGGUAGCAGGACGUAUUGGUAUAAAAACAAGGAACCUGUGACCUCAGACAGCACUGCACUCUGGACACUCAAAGCGAACAGAUCUUUCCGCAGCACUCAUACUCUUAGAGCUCACUUAGAAUCUAUACCAUGGCCGAGUUACUUUUCCCACAACUGGAGCGACCUUUGCCGACGCUGCCAUCUCUGCAUUAUACACUAUUUGCCUACAGGGAGGAAUUGAGACGUCGCGACGCUCCAUUCAUGAAGAUGUCCACCAUCAAACUCCAUCUUACGGACAAUCUGAUCCUGCAAACGAUCAAGAAUAUCCGGCAGUACGAUACCAUGGAGAUCAUGAAUCUCAACCAGGAGAUCAACUUCAAGCGGCGGCUGACCAAGCAAAUGAGAAAGGUGCGCAAGCUGGAGAAGCUCGGCCUCAACAUCGACCCCCGGAAACUCAAUGAAGGCGGUCAAUGGCACUAACGAUCUAGUGGUUCUUCGGACUCCAAAAAUACUCCUCUCAAACUCUUACGUAUAACAUACAAAUCCUUAUCUAUCCUUACAUACUCUGAGCAUGUGAAAUUAGAUUGUAAGCCAAGUCUCUUCAAGUUUUUAAAACUCCAUAAGCCGAACUAA